UCCUAGCCCGCCCGCCCGCCCGCACGAGAAAGCCAAGGCAAAGCUUUCCUCCCAACCUCUUCGCCGUUCACACACUCCCCGCCUCCUCGAUCGGCGCCCGCCAUGGGUGGCCUCAAGCUCCGGCGGCUCGCGUCCAGCUUGCUCUCCCAGGGCCCCGCCUCCCCGGGCUCCGCAGCCGACGCGCACCAGGCGGUGGCCCGCGCGACGGCGCACCACCCUUCCACGGCCCCGCCGUCCGCGCACCACAUGGACGCGCUCCUCGCCUUCGGCCGGGGCUCGCGCCUCUCCGCCGCGGCGCUCGCCGCGGCCUUCGUCGACCGCCUCCACGCCGCGGCGUCGGGGCAGGGGGACGCCGCCGUGGCGCUCAAGUGCCUCGUCGCGCUCCGGGUCCUCCUCGCGCGGGGCGCCUUCAUCCUCCGCGACCAGCUCCUCGCCGCGCUGCUCCGGCACCCGGCGUCCGGGCGCAACCCGCUCGCGCUCGCGGCGUUCCCGCUGGGGCGCUCCUCCUUCGCCGCCGCGUCGUGGGUCCGGUUCUCCGCGCGCCUCCUCGAGCUCGUCCUCCUCCUCCCCGACGCCUCCGCCGACGCCGAGUACCUCGUCGCGCUCCCCAACCCGCACCUCACCGCGGAGCUCGCCGCCUUCGCGGCCGUCGCCGACGCCGUCCGCCAGGCCCCGCCGCCCCCGUCGUCGGGCCCGCAGCCCAAUGCGCUCAUCUGGGAGGCCGUCCGGCUCGCCGAGGAGGACCGCGUCGCGGCGGAGCGGAACAUCGCCGCCCGGGUCAAGGAGAUGGGCGAGCGCCUCGACACGCUGUCCCUGGCGGACGCGGUGGAGCUGGUGUGCGUGCUGCGGCGGGUGGAGGAUCAGGGUUCGGCCCCGGCACCGGAGUGGAAGUGGGCGGGGCUGGACGAGGGCGUCGUGUGCGCGGCGCGGCGGGUCCGCGAGCGCGCGGAGGGGGUGGUGCUGCGGAGGACGGUGGAGGAGAGGCGCCUGGUGCGGAGGGACUCGGGUGGCAGCGCGUCCGCGCGCGUCCUCGUGCCGUCCCGCGCCGGCCGCGGCGGCGGCGGCGACGCCGUCCGGUUCGGAUCCACACGGUGGGCUGGCACAGUUUCUGCAUGGCGAUAGCCAAUGUGUAGGUUUGCUUAAUUUUCCUCUACUUGGUGUAUGUAUCUUGUAGCUGUAGUGCUCUAAGCUCAGAAUUUCUGAAUUUGAAGUUUUGCCAAGUCUUUUGUUGUGCCGCGGUGUUUGUUUGAUCGGAAAUGCAAUGGUGUAAAUAUCAUGCGAAACACGAUUGAAUUAAUGUGCUUGUUGAUACAA